AUGGAGACUUUAUUAUCAUCAUUAAAGAAAAGAAAUAUGUUUAAUAAUAUAUAUGGUAAUACUUUUUCUACUUAUAUGAUAAAAAAUAUUUAUAAUAGUAAUAAAAUAAAUAAUUGUAAUUAUGAUGGAUAUAAUAAUUUCAUAAAAACAUUCAAAAGAUAUAAAAUGGUGAAGACUAGCUCUUAUAGAAGAAAAGCAAGGAGCUCACCUAACGGACAAGGUCAAAAAGCUAAAAUCGGAAUUAAACGAUUAAGUGGUGAAUAUGUGAGAACUGGACAAAUGCUUGUUAAACAAAGAAAAAUUAUUUGUUUUAAUUAUGAAAAUAAAACUAGAAGAAGAAAUUUUAAAUAUUAUCCUGGAGAAAAUGUUAAAGUUGCUAAAAAUACUAGUCUCAUCGCUUUAACCAAUGGUCGAGUUAAAUAUACUUUUCAUGUUGUACAUAAUAUUUUUCUUGUUAAUAUAAUACCAGAAGAAUUAGAAGAAUUAAAAGAACAUGAUUUAUAUAGAUAUAGAACUGAACAUGUAAAAUCUUAUGAAGAAAAUAGAAGUCUAAUCUAUCUUAGAAUGAAAAAUCUUAUUUCAUUUCCAAAAUUUAAACAAACACAAUAUAUUAGACCACCUCUUAAACCUCAAUUCUUAACAAAAUAUGAUAUAUAUGAUAACCCAACACUACAAAAGGUUCCUGUAUUAUAUCAUAAAAGGAAAUAA